AUGGCUCGCGUUCCAAAGAGAAGGCGGCUCAUCAGGAUAUAUGACGAUGAUGAUCUUCAGUCCGCUUCGGAGGCAGCGCAUGAAGGCAACAAACCAGGAGAGGCAUCUCUUGCAGUGCCUGACACAGAACAGGCGCCAGAUCUGCCAGCAAACAUUGAAGAGGUCGACGAAGACGAUUUCAGCAAUUUUCCCAGCGACACUCUUGCAGCAGUGCUGCUGCUAAGAGCCCAGUUCCCUUCAGGCUGGAGCAGGGAUGUCCCACCUCUAGUGCUCCGAUCGCAGAUAUACAGCAUUGUCAAAGAUAGGACGGUGGUGGACAGACAACUGGAUGAGCUCAGGCUUCAAAACAAGCUGCGCAUGUUCAAGCUGCUUACACUGCAAGACGUCUAUGCCUACCUGCCAAUCGAAGACUAUCAAGCGCUCAUCAGCAGGCUAGAGCAUGUGCAAAAGGAGAAAGGCACAGUGGAUAUUGUGCUGGCGGUAUUCCAAUGGUACAUGCAGCGAGUGCUGCCCCAGUGUACAGGGAUUGACAUCUCUCACGAGGACCUGAUGUGGCACCUGUCGAGAGAUGACAGGGGGAAUGAAUCGCAUGAGAGGGUGACGGAGGCGCAUGUGUCGCUGCUGCUGCAUGUGGGGUUGCUCACGCGCCACUCAGUCCCCGGCAGAUUCCUCUUUGCACUUCCCAACGCCGGCCCUGUCGUCAAGGGCAUCAUAGCAGGCCGCAAGGAGCUGUUGGGGAUGCUGACGAGGCGGCGCCACCCGGAGAUGUUUGUGAAGGAGCUGGAAAAGAAGAAGCUGCACAGCUCGCCGCUGGGCAUGAGGUGGCAUGUGAGGGACCUGCUUGGCUCAGGAACGCUGCUGCAGACGCAGACCACUGUCGGGCCGCUGCUCCGAGUGGUGAAGAAGCCUUGA